CCGAGAAGCGCAGUGCAAACCGUUUGUAUGUGUCCGCGUCCCAGGACUGUUUGUUAUCAAACAAGAAACUAAAUAAUAGGCAAAGCGACCAAUAAACAGAUAAAAACAUUUGGCAUACAGUGGCCCCAUUAAGUUUCCAUGUUUUGAGGACUCGUGUCCUUGCCGUUGUUCGUGAAGCUCGUGUACAUGUCGCCGUAACGUUUUGGAUUUGGUUAUCCUUUCUGCAAAGUUCCGUGUGACUGAGCUGAUGUGCGAAUGCCUUUGCCUGGGUAAAAUGUGACCUAAGGAGGCAGGAAGUUGAUGGUCUCUCCGUGGAUUUAUGUUGUGAUAUACUGAAAGCUCAUGUUCGACAGUGCGGUUCCAUUCCAUUCUUCUUCGCCCGAUAGAGGUCAAGUUCUGUGUUAGCAGGGAAAAUCGGUGUCUACUCGCGUUGGUUCAGAGUUCGGACUCUGGUUGUCCACCCAGUGCAGACAGUGAUGCUGCUGUCGUGAGAUAUUCCGAAUUGAGUUCUCGAAGGGUCAGGAGGAUACACUCCUGAGUGCGGUCGUGAUAAGUGAAAUUGAAACCAUGUGAAAGUGAGGUUUGUGGUGGUACUCAUUUACCAGUCGCGCGUUUUCCGUGCCUCAAGUCUGGUCAGAACGGAUGAAAAGUUAUUAAGUUCCCGUAACGGUUUUUGUAUUAACGCAUGUCGUUCCAGUAAAGUGAAGUGUGUACUGAUAAUGAAAUUAUGAACCAGCAAAUUUUACAAAAGGAUAUAACUCUGGAUUAUUACCUAAUAUUGGACUUUUAUGUAAUUUGAUAACAGAAAGAAAUGAUGACCCCAGUAUUCAUGCUUCCGUCCUAAUUGUGUGAAUAAUUAAGAAAUGUGAAACGUACGGCGCAAUGAAGCGAUACAAACAGCAAAAAUUCAGCUAAAAAUACAAGCUCAUUCGAAUUCAAGGAUGACACUCAUAAAAGUACUAAUGCGCACUCAAUAUGCCUAUCAUCCCCUUAAGCUGGGUAUUUUCCCAUAGACGAUUUAAUGAUUUGCAAAUUUGCGCAGUGCUAGACAAAACUCGAAAUGGAUCCUUCGAAAUGUUGAAGCCUGUCGGUGAGUGAACAUUGCCUGCGAACAAAUCGAAUUGCAAAAAAUAGCAAUGAACAUUCUUCAACGGAAAAGCGGAGAGGAGGCGACAACAACGACUUGCGGUAGCAUUAGGCUGACGGGUAUUUGUUUCUAGACGUCUCGUUGGCAAUGUGAUUGAUAGAAUCGCACCCCUUGGAAAUAUUGACGGAAUAUUCUCAUUCAUAUUCUGCCUGAUGUUAUGCGUUGUAAACGUGGGCGCUUAGCGGUGAACGCGAUAUUGAAAUCGAUUAUCCUGGAGCUGGAACAGGACGUUGAAAUGAGAACAAAAUAAUUUAUUAUGAGAACUUUGAAUGGGGCCAAAGAUGCACAAACUUUCCUAGAAUGUUGAUUAAUGGGUAAGGAAGUCAUCCCACCACUAAUGGAAGGAGGUGGACAUCGCGAUGCAUUUACCUGUACAUAUAUAUAUUAGCGCUAUUUAUCGUUAGAAUUAUAAAGUAUUUAUUGACCGUUGAAUCUGUCAACACUGCGACAAAAGUUAACAUAGAACCGGUGCUUGUACUACGCUUCCAAAGCCAUGGAAAUUUGAUAGAACCCUCGAAAAGCUGCAACAUGAUCCACACGUUUUUCAUGUGUUGCAGUCCGCCUAUAAUGCCAAGUACAACACCCACAGGAAUCAAGUUAACAGCAGAAAAAUCGACGUUCCAGCGAGUAUUCAAAGAAAAUUGCUCGAUAAUGUCCUGAUAUACGCGGUAAUUCGCGAACAUAGCCUGAAGCUUCCAAGACGCAGAAGUUUACACAUGCCAGUACGCCAACUAUUGCAGAUUAAGUUUCAGAGAACCUGUGGCUUGCGGAACGACAACGCCUACCAGAGCACACCAGUCACGUCUGUGUCGAUCCAUUUCAUUUGAACUCAACACGCAAGGCUUCAAAACAAUGUUUUCGAAUGGAUACGUCUUCAUUUUACUAAUUCUAUUCAAAUGCAUGAGCUUCACGAAAUUUCUAUUAGCUGACAACAGUACAAAUACUAUAAAUUACAAAAACUUUAACGUGGUUAGCAACUACAGUAACCUUACAAAUGGUAGUUUAAUCACUGAGCGUAGUUCGACAACUAUAUCAAUGACAAGGCUGACAGCAGCCAAACGAGAUCAAGUGAAAAGCAGCAGCACCAGUACGAGCAGCAGUAGCCCUAUUAGAAACACACCAGCUCUUGGCGAACUGUUCGCUCCAGACAUAGAGAGCAACGAGGAGGUCCCUGAACCAAGAGUGGAACCAUUACUGUCUUCAUCAAAAUUUGGCAGCAAUGGCAAGCGUGGAAGGCAACAAGACCGCCUGCAGCAGCCACCUACAGGACUUCCAGUAUUUCCAGAGCGUUCAGACGCUGUUUACUUCAUUGUAGCUGUCAGCGGAGGGGCGAAAACAUGGGGUCGCACUUUGGCAAGGACAUUGCUUGACAUGGGUCCGCCUUUUGGGAGUCCGAAGGGUCCGCCAUUGCGGCCGCUUUAUGUUGACUUGCCGUCAAAUGGGAGAUUCUCCGUGAACGUAUUGACAUCGUUGUGUCAGCAAACCGACGGAGUUCCGCUGGCAGGGAUUGUAGUUAUCGGCGACGGGCAAUCAGCGCGUGCCAUUGCCCUUUCGGGGAAUGCCAUGAAAGUUCCUGUGCUGUGGGCUAAGGGUGGGACUGCGAACAUCCAUGGAAUUCAACGGGAGGGACAAGCGAUGUUCCAGUCGCUAUUGCAGCCAUCUGCGAGGGAAAUUCUCGAGGCGAUUCGGGCACUGUUUUUGCAGACACAUUGGCACUCGUUUUUCGUGCUAUCGGAUGUAGGAUCUACGAUUGUGCUGGCCAGCAAUGAAGGCAGACCUUUGAAGGAGUCACCUUUAGUUCCAACCAUCCUGCCACUUCCGGCUAGCAACGGGGAUGUAUUUAGGCAACUUGCGCAAAUUUCUCGUUCUACUCGUGGAAUUGUUUUAUUGCUUUGUGGACUGGACUCCGCACGGAGGAUAAUGUCUGAAGCGAAAAGCCUAAACAUGGACGGCGGGCAUUUUAUUUGGCUCUGGGCGGACACAAGCAGUACAACAGAAUUUUUUGACCUCCAUCAAACUCCCAUAGCAUUUGAUGAGAGUGUGGUAGAAUAUCCUGAGGCUGUGAAGCAAAUGGCAUCAUCAAACGGGGAUGAUAGCACGGAUAGUGGCGGUGAGGAUAGAGAAAACUUUCAAAAACAUCUUGAGGACUUCGUUGAUAGAAAAAUUGAAUUUGAGGAUCUGGAUUUGAGUAGGAAGAAAAGCGAUACAUGGAAUUCUGAUAAGGGUAGAAGUAAACCCCAGAAACACGAACGAGAACGACAGCGCGAGCAGCAACGGCAUCAGCACCAGCAGCAGCAACCAGUGCAGACUUUUCUAAGGGAGCCAAUGGGAGCUGGGAGAUACAUAUUCGGCUUGAAUACAAAUAGCGAUGAAAAUAAUGAAGUCAAGUCUCCGAAAAUCAAAAGGAGCCAAUACACGAUUUUGAAUGGGGAGGCCAAUAAUGUCCUGAGAGACAUACAUGAGCAGAGUAAAUCAGUUGACACUGCAGAAAAUUUGAAAAAGGACCCUGCCGAUUACGCUGAACGGCCAAACGAUAGUAAUACAGAUUGGAUAUCAGAUGCAACCGAUUCUAGUGGCAGUCAGGAACCAAGUGUUGAUGAUAAUGAUUACAUAAGUCCUAGUCCUUUCGAUAAUUCAAAGGAAGUUGAAGGUGAAACCAAGAUGAAACCCAAACGAACAUCAAAUCAUUAUGGGAAGAAUAUCACAAGAUCCUCACACGUUUUAUUUCAUCAUUAUAAGGACUUCCCGGUAGGUCUUUUGGCAUUGAGGCCGGUGCGGAUGCCAGUCGACCGAAAUUUCAUUCGUUCAACGAUUCGCCUUUUCGCAUCCACUUGGGCGAAGGUAGACCAGGAGACAUUCCUUGGUGACGCGAAUGUUCACCAAAGUCGUUAUCGUUCGCGAGAUUAUAGUCGUUAUCUCAAAGGAGGCGAUCAACAGGAUCAAUUUCGCUCGCUGCAGCGGUACCGUCGUAGGAAAAGCAGUUUCAUGCGGAGCAGGCGCAAACGGCGCUAUACUCGUAGCAGUAGAAAUAAUGCUGAAAUAGUUAACACUGAACUAAAACUUAUUAACUCUAGCCUAAUUAGGAAUUUUAACAAUACCAAAAAUAACUAUAGCGGCGCUCUCUCGGAGGACGUCACAAGAAAAAGUAGUGAUUUUAACGAUAAUUUAACAACAAAUAAUAGAAGUAACGAUACUAGUUCUUAUAAUCAAAAUUUAAGUGGCUUAACUCAUGCUCAAACAGCGGUAGUGAGUAAUCAUAGAAAUGAAAAUGGAAGCAAUACUACAACUAGUCCUAGAUUUUUAGUAGAUUCAUAUUCAAAUAGUACCAAAUCAAUUUCCACAUCGACAUCCAAAUCGACGAAAUCGAAAAGAUUUAACACGUGGUGGUCGGCGAAGGAGACGCGCCAACAACAACCGACCGCGACAACAUCUGCAGCGAGAGAGAACUUGGAGAGAUAUCGAAAGGGAUCACCACAUUAUAAGGGUGGCUGCUACGGGACGGCAUCAACGCUGGAUAUAAGAAAGGCCGAAACUUUUUCCAAGGCGCUAAAGGAGGCCACUACAUCUGCACUCUCCGGUCGGAAACUUUUCGACGGGAGCCUGGAAAAGCCGCUAACAACGAACUUCGAGUUGCUGAACUUGGUUCCUGACGACAGCGUGAAGAAGGGGAAGCUGUACGGGAGCGAUGUGUCGACACAUGGUCGUUCCCACAAGGCGCGGUUAUCGGAGGCUGGCGCAACCAAAUGGCGACACGUAGGAUCUAUAUCCGGAACUAAUGUGCAAUUAGACACUAUUGUUUGGCCGGGAGGCGAUAUCGUUGUAUCCGGUCUUUCGGUGCAGUCAAAAACUAUUUUUCGGAUAGUUACGUCUUUAGCGCCGCCAUUUGUGAUGCAAUCAGAAUUGGAUGAGGACGGAUUAUGUCUUAGAGGUCUACCUUGUCAUAGGCUUUCACCAAGUGCCCCGCAUAAUUUGACGUUAAUGUUUAACGCUAUAGAGACACGUGAUCGUUUUGAGGAGGACGCCAUGGAACAUGGAAUGAAAAGCCCGCCGCAAGAGGAAACUAGUUCUUAUGAUCAUUCGAUGUACAUGACAAAAUGUUGUUACGGUCUAACCAUGGACCUUUUAGAGAAUAUUGCGAUGGAAUUGAAUUUCGAAUUCCAUCUUUACGUCGUUCACGAUGAACUCUUUGGGACGCGAUACAACAGCCACUCUGCCUUUUUUCGAUCAGGAGAUUUGCAUUUCCAGCGGAAGGGCCAGGCUCACUGGAGCGAAAAGCACGAACAACACUUCUAUAAGGAACAAUCGGCAAACCGGCAGCAGGCCCCUUUAGGGGGAUCUAAUUACUAUAGCGCCAGCUUCGAACGAAAGUCAAAUUUGAAUACGAAUUUGAACUUGAACGAGGAGGACAGCAAGGAAGAAGUGGGUGAAUAUCCUGUGGAGUACGAAGCCAUUAGACAGUCGUAUACGGCACCGUCUAAGAACCCGAAUACGAAAAAACAUGCAAUGGGCGAGGGAGUGCGGCGCAGAUUGAACCAGGAGAGACGAAAUGUGGAAUGGAACGGGAUUAUUGGAGAUUUGCUAUCUGGAUCCGCAGAUAUGUCCUUUGCGCCACUGAGCGUGACUAGAGCACGUGCCGAAGCCAUAGAUUUCAGUGUGCCGUACUUCCACAGUGGAGUUUCGUUGCUGGCGGCCCCUACCACCAAGUCCGAGAUUCCUCUCCUCGCAUUUCUCUUGCCAUUUUCGCCGGAGUUGUGGAUUGCCAUAUUCACGUCGCUCAACGUAACAGCUAUAGCCGUAGCCAUUUACGAGUGGCUUAGCCCGUUCGGAUUGAAUCCUUGGGGACGUCAGAGAAGCAAAAAUUUCAGCAUGUCAUCAGCACUUUGGGUUAUGUGGGGAUUACUCUGUGGUCACCUGGUUGCCUUCAAAGCCCCGAAAUCAUGGCCAAAUAAAUUUUUGAUCAAUGUGUGGGGCGGAUUCAGCGUGAUUUUCAUAGCUUCGUAUACUGCCAAUAUAGCGGCUCUCAUAGCUGGGCUCUUCUUUCACAAUGCGAGCAAUAGAUACGAUGUUUCGCUGUUGACGCAACGUGUUGGAGCCCCUAGUGCCUCUGCGGCGGAAUCAUACGUACAGAAGAAUGAUCAUCACCUAUGGGAGCAUAUGAAGAAAUAUACAUUGAGGAAUAUCGAAGACGGUAUACGAGGCCUUAAAAAUGGGUCGCUGGAUCUUAUCAUGGGCGAUACUCCAAUAUUGGAUUAUUACCGUGCAACAGACCACGGGUGUAACCUACAACGAAUAGGCGACAAUUUUGUUGAAGACACUUAUGCAAUUGGUAUGACCAAAGGAUUUCCAUUGAAGGAUUCAAUAUCUGCCUUGAUAGCGAAGUACUCCAGUAAUGGUUAUUUAGAUAUUUUAACUGAAAAAUGGUAUGGAGGAUUACCGUGCUUUAAGUUGGACAACGAUAUUGUACAGCCACGGCCUUUAGGUGUUGCUGCAGUGGCUGGAGUAUUCUUACUCCUUGGCCUUGGAAUUGUUUUAGGACUUUUGAUACUUAUUUUCGAACAUUUGUUCUAUAAAUACACGCUUCCAAUUUUGAGGCAUAAACCUAAGGGAACCGUCUGGAAAAGUCGGAAUAUCAUGUUUUUUAGUCAGAAACUAUAUCGAUUCAUCAACUGCGUGGAGCUGGUGUCACCGCAUCAUGCAGCUCGAGAGUUGGUUCACACCUUGCGGCAAGGACAAAUCGCCAGUUUGUUCCAGAAAAGCAUCAAAAGGAAGGAAGAUGAACAGCGUCGGAGAAGGAAGAGCAAAGCACAGUUUUUCGAGAUGAUUCAAGAGAUCAGACGUGUUCAGCAACAAGAGAGAGCAAACCCUAAAUUGGAAGUCGUUACGGAAGUCGAGCCAGCCUCAGGAUCGGAGACACACCUGAAACCCAAGUCAAGCCCUAAACCAAGACUUUUUUCGAAUAGGAAAGACUCACGAUCUCGUUCCAAUUCAUCGACUUUGAACGUGCGACGUUACAGUACAGAUAGCAUCCUAAGUGAACGCAUGGAUACAAUCGGACGUCGACUAAGCAGGGAUUUAACAAAUUCUCCGCCAGAUUUUGGUCGACGUUUUGAGACUUUUGGUAAAAACAACAAGUUCGACACAAUAUCGGGGGUAAAAAACUUGUCCACUGAGAAAAUCGAAGAAACUAAAUUUGAUACGUACAGUGGGAAAGAAAGCGAUAAACCUCCUCUACCGGUGAAAAAGUUUCAUAGUCGUAGAACGCCCUUGAACGCGGAUACGUUUUCGAGCCGAGAUGCCGGAAAAAGUCGGGAAGAUUUAAAAAUAAGUCCGCUGCCUGCAUUGAAGGAAAGUUUAGUUCAUCCAAUUUGCCAGGAGGAUUCGUCGAAAGCUGACCUGCGGGAUCAGCUCCAUGAAGAACUUCGGUCGAAACACAGUGAUAGUAGGAAACUAGUUAAAACUGCCUCGAGUCAAACCAAUGCAGAGAGCAGCAAGAGCCCAUCCCGCAGCGAUAGUCGCCACCGUCGUCACAAGAGCUCAGAUGGUUUGGAGCAGCGUCCACGAAUGCCAUCACCUCGUCAUUCGAAUAAUGACGCUUCAUCGAUUCAGCCUCCUGCUUUGCCGCCCAAGGUAAGUGUACGGUCAAACCUUACUCAGCUCUCGUUGGAUCGUCUGAGUCGCGAGGAUUUACUAAAACUCAGCGAAAGCUCUCAAUCGGAAAUCCACGAAUAUUUGAAUAAGACAAAAGGUGGAAGCCCUAAUGAACCGCCUUGAAAAGGACGUUGCACGAAUUUGUAAGAUCAGGUUAGGAGAAGUUUCCAGAACCUUCGCAUUUGAAUUUGGUAGCUUCUCUGGUUUGGCAGCCAGAAAAGUAUUGCACUUGGUACAUGCACAUUCACACGGUGUAUAAAUUUCUGUGGUAUUUUGGCAUACAAUAAACAAAUACUGCGGUUGUUCGAGCAGCAACAGUGGAAAAACAUAGUUAAUAUUGUACCAGGAGAUAAUAGAACAUUUUAUGAUAACAAGGCCGUAACAGAGGAUUUGAUUCUAUUAAAAAUGUAGUUCUCAUGAGUUUCUAGGUACAUCUUAGAGUUGUUACCCAAGCUGUUUUCUUUGUUUCAUAAUUUUAUAUAAUUCAACGUUUUGUCUAAAAAGCCGAAUGAUCGGCCUCACUUAAUUAACCAAGGUGAAUUGACGAUCGACUAUGUGUUUUAGAGGAGCUGUCAGCUAUCAAAGACUAUCUAGUUUUGCAUUGAUUGACUACAUAAGUAGGUUCUGAAAAUGUAAUCGCGAUUAAGUUACAAAAUUUUCAUAUCCAUCAUGAGCGCUCAACGCUCAAUGCACAAAGUAGCAAUUGUCAUCGAUGAAAUUAUCAACAGUUAGCAAGUAGCGGAGGAGCAAUCAAUGCGCUGAGUGGUGAAUUCUAGUUCAACAAAGAAUCUAUUAGAGUUUAACAUUAUGACCUGAAUGGGAAGCUGUUUUCUUGAGGUAACACGAAAAUCUAAUAAAAUCAACGACCACUUUGUAGACAAUUGGAGUAGAUAUUACAAACGUAAAAUUGUUAUCAAGUAAAAUAUUUAAUAUGCAAUAUUAGUCGUCUGGAGUCCAGCAAUGUAUCAAACAAAUUUAGUAUUGGAAACAAAAAAUAGGCGCAAUUUUGAUUUGAUUUGAUUAGCGCGAAACCAAUCCUCCUUCACAGUAAAGUUUUGAAAAGGUUUUCAGGUGAUGGUUGUUUGCUUUAUUCCACGAGUUUUCUUUUUAGAAAUUAUCACAGUUUUCUUUCGACGAUUUCAUAUCCAUAUUCAAUGAGAAUUUAAUUUGCAAUUAAUUUACUAUGCAGAUCAUUAUUAUUCGAUUUUCAGUUAUUGCUGAAUUUUCUCCGUUAAGUGUGAAGAAGUUUGGAAAAGAAAGAGAAUAUUGAAUAUUACCGAAUAUACAUAUUAUUGAAUAUUAUUCCCAGUGUGCUGGUUUUUCGAUGCGAGUAAAAUGUAGACCGCUUCUUCAAAAAGGACAAAUUAUACAAAGGAUUUCGAAAUGGAUUAAAACGAAACCAUAAUGGAAAUAACCUCAGCGUGUGAUCAGUUGUGAGAAAUUACCUUCGCUUAAAGCAUAUAAUUUAAUUCUCAUCACUUUGGCGCAGUUGUCCGCUUCCUUUACAAGCCUUAUUUCUGCGGAACAUAUUACAUUAGGCAUAAGUAACUAAGAAGGAUGACCGCAAAUAUAGUGCCAAGCACUCGGGCCACAGUAAAUCUAUCCGGUGCCGCCGAAGAGUUUUAUGAAUUUAAGAACGUUUUUCGAAGGUGAAGAUUGUUUAAAUUCUCUUACAAGGGAUCUUCUUUUUAAGCCUGAAGAAGCUGUGCAGUUGGAUGUGAAAGGCAAAGUCGCAUUCUUCUGUUGCCUGCACUGGCGAAGCAGUUUAUCCUUACUCGAAUUUUCAUCUGUCACUUUUUUAAGAAUAAACAAUAAUAGCUCCACUAUAGCGAACUCCGGAAUAUGUAUAUUCACAAAGAUAUUAUCACAGUCGGUUUCGUGGUAACCACACCACUUUGAUCUUUGGCCGUCUGGUGACUACUCUCGUUCACAGUUAUUAUAUCUACGCUCUCUCCGAAUGUUUACCCAGCACGAUUAGUACUUAGUUUAUGCUUGUCCUUUUCCUCCAACUAUAAAUCAAGAAGCGGUAAACAGAGGAUAUUUUUAAAUACCGCGGAUGGCGUAAUUCUCAUUGGUCCAGUGGUGCGAAACCAACCGGAAAUUAGGAUUUUUGGUAACAGAUUUCCAAAGUUUCACUUCAGUCAUUAGAUGAUGUUUAUAUGCAUUAUUUUUGGUAUGGAUCUCAUAUUAUUCAUACUCUUGUCUCACUUGUCGCGAUGAAGAGAGCAAUCAGUGCUUCCACGUUACUUUAAGGUUCUGAAAUUCUUCUACCUGAGACUCUAAUUGGUUCCGAGAAAAUGUGUCCUUCGUGGAAAAUCUUCUAAAUAGAACGGUAACAAAUACAUGUAUAAAAUAAAAAGAAAACGAAACAAGAUUAUUUGUUGAUUUUUCAUCUCCAGGACUUCUGUUAACUGCGGUCCAUUUCCCACUUAUAUGCAGGGGUACUGACGGCUUGGUUCUGAAUGGCUUCAGUAUUCACUCUCACCUGAUUGUCAGAGGGGAUUCCAGGCAUUGUUGUAAUUUGAGCUUGGCGCUGUGCCAAGGAGAUAGUGAUCAGAGUCUAUAUUGAUCCUCAUAUAUCUUCUGGGAUUCAUCAAAAUUGAAAGAUGGCGGCGUUCACUCAGCACGUGGUCAAUUUGGUUGGAAAUGGCUCCGCCCCGAGAGAUUCACGUUUAUUUGUGGAAAGCGGUUCCACGCAAACCAGUUACUUCCAACAACAUCUCGUGCUAUACUGCUAAUCGAUCGAUCCCUAGCUCGUUAUCAUUAGAAUUGUUAUGUAAGCUAUUGGGACCAACUUAUCGUUUGAAUACUGGUUCCCUCUUUACUUGGCUGUUAAAAUCUGAAAGUAUGGUUUUGAUAUUAGUCUUUUAGGGUUCGUUCUAGUGCCUUGUAGAAGGUACUUUCCUCCGACUCUGCAGUCUCUUUUCUUUGGGCGUUAAUGACGCUUAUAUUUCGAAAUUUGCCUCGCAGCUAGCUUUUGGAUUAUAUGUUCAAAGCCGAUAAAAAAAAUUUCAUGUUUUGGUUCACUAAUAAACCUACUCUGAGUGGAUGGUCACUAUAAUAUAUGGUAGUGGCUGCUUUCCAGAAAACCGCUCUGUGUCAAGCGAAUCCUUCUAGCACUGUGACAUACCUUGUAACGCGGUUGUAUCAGCAUUAUGUUAGGUUUAUUAGUUUGAGCGGACGUUCCUUGAGAAAAUCUGCAAAUCAUUCUUCCAUUUUGGUUGCGGGUACGUCGUUGUAGAAUCCGUCAAGUCCGAGGCUCGUUUCAUGGCUCCGUAACUUCGGUUCUCCGUGUAGGGUUGUCAGCCCUACCUAACCGCCAACUGGAGGACCAGGUUUGUCCCGUAUUUAGGCGCGAGAGACUCACUUUCAUCCUUUUCCGUUUGUAGUUUUCAUUAAGAAAGGACUAGCUAUCACCACGUUUUAUCUAUGUCGAGUACCAAUCUACGUUUCGCCCUGCUACUGUUUGACCGCCUGAAUAUAAAUAUAUGCCAGCAAAAAUGAAAUCACUACCGGAAGCAAAGAAAUCGUCCCAUUGUUUCAAUUCGGUUUAGUGGUUAACAAUACGUGGACAUUUAUUUCGUUCUUAUAGUUUUCUUUGGAAAUAAAGAGUCACAUCAGUUUAAGGUCCUAUUCGCUGGAAUCGAAUUUCAAGGAUCAACUCCGUGGUCUUGCCUCAUUCGACGUUUCAGUAAGUAUAUACAUUAGUACAGAUGGGUGAUGUACCAUAUUCUCCCGAAAUAGAGUGUCAAUACUCCUAUUCGGAUAGGUCCUGUUUAUUUCGGUAAGAAGUACACCAAUUGUGCAGCGCGUAUUGUGUAACAAAUGGCUCUGAAGCUUAUUUGGAUAUCGACUAUCAUCAUAGCGACAGUCUACUUUGAGGCGAUUAUCAGUUAACCAGUUAUUGUUAUUAUUAGUGUUUUUGUAUAGCUGGUGUUAGGGAUAACUUUCAAUUUUUCCUUUGUCAAGUCUAACUCAACUAUUGGAAGUCAUGAUUAAAUAGCCCAAGCUCCAGUAUUUGCAUCCAGUUUUCUGCAAAAUUGAUUAUUGGUGCUUCUCCUAAAGGCCAAGCAACCGUAAAACCAACUUACUAAAACUUCAUUCAUGCUUGGUCAAUGAACGGUUCCGAACUAUUAUACAUAUGUGGAUCGUCUUCUCUUAUAUACGCGACCAGCUUGGGAGCUAAAUUUGUAAUUCCGUCUAACACAUAGGAUUAUUGUCCCAAAUCAUCCGUACAUACUUCUCAGUUCUUCCUCAUUGUGGACUAAGUGAAGUUCCUUUUGCACCGGUAUUGGAGCUCUAUCCUCUUGUUUGGAAAAUAUGAUUGCGAUUAUUUUUAACAAAAGUCAGGAUUUUAAGAUCCUCACUUUUGUUAAAAAUAACAGAACAGAUUUUUAGCAAGUAAUUAACCAUAAACUCUGAAACAGCGAAGUAGGCGACGAAAGAGUAAAUCUGACCUUUAUGUUUUUGAGAAAUUCUUAUACUGUAGCAUCUUCUGCAAGAAAGGCAAGAAAAUUAGGUUCGAUUAAUUUUUGUAUGGUAUAUCGCCGUUAUAAAAUCCAUUAUUUUUCGAAUUUUCCUUUGUACAUGUUUCUAACUUACAACCUUAUAGAGCAACCAUUACAGAACCGAAUUAUGCUUGUAAGCAUGGAGAAGUCAGCAAUCCUUGAAAAGCAUCGAACUGAAAGGAAUAAUUUCUUUAUUUACUUUCUCCGAGUCAGUUCACACGCCGCCCUUUAUUUUCAAAGUGAAAUUUAUAAACCCACAUGGAGUUGCUCCGCGUAUUAUCAUGCUGAUGGCUACAUUAGUGGGGUGGAAAAGGCCAGACUCCAGAAUAAUUCUGAGAGCACGUUAAAGAUAAACUGGUAAACGUGAGGUAAUUUCUGUACCGGUGAGAUGGGGUGAAUCAUUGGAAAGCUUCUAUUCUUAUCUGCAGAUGACUUAAGUAGCUCUCUACCUGAAAAAUGUAUUGAUUUUAAUGAUGAGCAUGCGUUCAGCACAUAACCGUCAGUUGAAGUUUAUCUCUGGAAGAACUGGUGGAGGCGGGAAGGAAGUCGGUUUUUGAAAAGUAUCUGUUGAAAAUGGUAAAGGUGCUUCAGCAUCUGUGACUUGUGCGUGUUCGUGCUUUCUAAGGUGGGAGUAAGAUGUUGAAUGGAUAGACUUUAUAUUUCUCUAGAUAAUUUACAAAGUACAUAAAUACCUAGUUAGACGGACACUCAUGAUGUUGGUUUCAAUGGAUAAAUCCUUGCAUCGUUUUGCCAAUAAUAUAAAAUAUCUUCAUUCGCUUUUCCACGAUUCUUAUGAAAUUGCCCAAUAGCCGUGAUAUUCGAUCUAUAAUUUUUCACAAUAAUAAAAUUUUAAUUUCCUAAUGGCGUCCGUUGCUCGCUCAAUUAAAAAGGAACAGCUAAGAAAAUGGGAUAUGAUACAUGAUUGAAACUGAUACCGAGAAAUUCCUUGAUGGGAGUCAGAUAAAAGUCAGUAAUUUUAAUGCACUUUACUAAUUACUAUAGGAAUUUAAGAGUUUCUGUCGCACUCCAAUGAAACUUCAAUGGCCAAUAUACAUAGAUACUAUGCUUAUGCUCGUGAAAUGCAAACAUUCCUAUGUAUAUAUAUACACACCAUCCAGUUUAGUUUGCUGAUACAAUCUCAAUAACUUGGAAAAUAUUCAAUGAAUUUAGAAUCGUUCGAGCCAAUAAAAUCUUACCUCAUACUACCCUAGAUUAUGCUAAAUUGGGUUGUGCGAACGUCUACGUUGAGCAAUUUGCUUAAUAGCAUCCCCUAUCAUUCGCCCAUUAGAAAGAAAUCAACAGAAGACUGAAAACGAUGUCAGACUUUUGACAUGCUUAUUCAGGUAGUGACAAGUGCGAGGAGACGGUACUAAUUGAUUUAACAAUUAGGAUCAAUGUUUCAUAAAUUUGUAUUUUGAUUCGUAAAUGUUUCAACGAAAUCAUUUGAGGACAGCGGUGAGGAAAUGUAAGUAGAUAAGAAGCGAAAGAUGAAGGGAAGAUCAUGGGAGGCAUGGGAGGCAACCUCUUUAAACGAUGAAAAAUAUCGAAAUAUUCGAGACUAUUAAGUUCAAAAGUCACCACUUCAACUUAAGGAUGAUUGCUUAUGAUUUUAUCAUCCCUCAUAAUUUAAGUUCGGUUCAAAUGUUGGGUAUAAGGCAGAUUGCUACACAGGUGGUUUCUUAAGGGCUGAUUUGUUUGGAAGGGUGGUAGAAUAAUUAGCCGUCAUUGAAGCUGAAUAUCGGGUGCAACCUUCGAAUUCUUUCGGUCAAUUGUAAUGAAACUUACCGCACCUAGUGGUACAGCCGCGUCCAUGUCCUCAUUCCCAAGGUGCUUCAUCUUCCUUCGCAGUACACUCUUCUGCCGUCGGUUUGGAGCCCUUCCAGGUUCACGGUGCCCGGUCCGUCCACUUCACCAGCUUCAAUUUCUUCCGCUCUUCCCGGUAAGGGUGAAGGAGAAGGUUCUGACAGGCAGGAUUCAGCCGGUAUUCCCCCCCUCCUUAAAUGCCGAAGUUCUUUUCUGCUGAGCUUUCCUCUUCCGUUUGGAGGUAGAUUUGGGCUAUAGUACUGCGGACGGGCCGGCC